AUGGCUUGUAGAGAUCAAGAUGGAAAUCUGAUAUCUGCUGAUUCAACGGACAUGUUGAAUGAACAUAAGCUAGAAAUAAUUCCUGCGGAAAAGGUCAUGAAAUCUGGGGAUUUUUUUGUCCUGAAAGAAAAUCCUAACAUACGGUUAUUUUCUCGCGCUCACAAAAUGAGUAAAAGUAGGGGAAAUGUUGUUAAUCCAGAUGAUGUUGUUUCUGAGUAUGGCGCAGAUUCUCUUCGAUUAUAUGAAAUGUUCAUGGGACCAUUGAGAGACUCGAAAACAUGGAGUACUAGUGGCAUUGAAGGUGUACAUCGGUUCUUAGGAAGAACUUGGAGGCUCGUUGUUGGUUCACCUUUGUCUGAUGGCACAUUUAAGGAUAGAACUGUAUCAGUUGAUGACGAGCCUACUAUAGAACAACUUCGUUGUCUUCACAAAUGCAUUGCCAAGGUAACCGAGGAAAUUGAGGGCACACGAUUCAACACUGGAAUUUCUGCAAUGAUGGAGUUCCUUAAUGCGGCUUAUAAGUGGGAUAAACAUCCAAGAUCGGUCAUUGAGGCAUUUGUUUUGCUGCUUUCACCAUAUGCGCCACACAUGGCUGAGGAGAUAUGGUCUCGGCUAGGGCACACAAAAUCAUUAGCAUACGAACGUUUCCCUAAGGCAAAUCCGACUUACCUGAAGGAUUCCAAUGUAGUCCUUCCAGUUCAGAUUAAUGGCAAGACAAGAGGUACCAUCGAGGUUGAAGAAACAUGUACAGAGGAGGAAGCUUUUAUACUAGCAUCCAGGGAUGAAAAGCUAUCCAAGUUUUUCCAUGGUCAAUCUGUCAAAAAAAGAAUUUACGUUCCUGGCAAGAUCUUGAAUGUUGUUUUGGACCGUAAAAACAUGAAGGUUGGUGUACAGUAG